AUGGGGAAGAGAAAAGCAAGUGAUGAAGAGAAGGCGACGAAUUUGGGGCAAAUGGUGAUGGAUAAUGCUGCAGCAGUAGCAGCAUUAGGUGGAGCUCGGCGAGCAAGAAAAGGAUUUGUUGGGGUGAGGCAAAGGCCAUCAGGAAGAUGGGUAGCUGAGAUAAAAGAUACCACACAGAAGAUUAGAAUGUGGUUGGGAACUUAUGACACUGCUGAAGAAGCUGCUAGAGCUUAUGAUGAAGCAGCUUAUUUGCUUCGUGGAGCUAAUACUCGAACCAAUUUCUGGCCUUGUUCCCUAUCUUCUCAUUCCACACCAGCUCUUCCCUCGAAAAUCGCCAAUCUUCUCUUGCUUAGGCUCAAAGCAAGAAACAGUGCCGCUUCCAUGGCUUCCAAUUUGCUUGUUAACGAUCAAGGGUAUGAAGCAGGUGGAGGAGAGGAAAUUUGCUUUGAUGAUUUCAUCCAUGUGCCUGAAGAUUGUAGUAUUGAUAUCAAUAAUUGUGAAACUUCUACCACUUCUACAAUAACUACAAUAUUGAAUUCUGCUAGUAUUAGUGAUUGCAUGUUGGAGACUUUUGGGUCAAUUGUUGCUGAAACAGAAUAUGGUGAUGAUCUCAAAGCAAUUCAUUUGGACAAUAACUUGGGUAAUGUUGGUAAUGGCAACAAUUAUAUUGAAGGAGCUGGGAGAGAGGAAAAAAGGGAAGGGUCGGAAGAAGAGAAGACUGAUAUGGGGGGUCUAUCGGAUUUUCAGCUCGUGGAUGCUUUACAAGUAUCCUGUUGCUGUUCUCCAUUUGAGAUAGCAGAGGAAAUGGUGAAUCUAAUGGAGCAGCAAGAGAAUAUUUAUGUGGAUGAGCCGUGGAUGCUUAGAGAGACGAUGAAGAGAAUGAAGUAUGAACGGAAGUUCUCAGCAUCUCUAUACGCCUUCAAUGGAAUACUUGAAUGUUCAAGGCUGAAGCAGAAUGAAUCAGAAAACAAUGCCAAGGGAAAUGACAAAUUAUCUCAACAAUCUAACCUUAUCAGAAACAACUAUACCAAUACAGAAGAUGAAAAGAGAAUCGAAGUAAAGGAAGAACAUGAUCAAGAAAUAUGGAGCUCCCUUGAUCUUCCUCCUAUCUGCUACAUGAGUAAUUAG